AUAGAGACAUCGAUGGACGUUUCCAACAUGUGUGAUGUCUUAGGGAUUUGCUACGAUGUAAAGUUCGUAUCUACACUUGCUAAAAAAAAGCACGACAAUAUAACAAAGAUUGAAUUGAAUUUAAAGGCAGCGGCAAUAUCUCAUAAUUGUUCGGGGUUCUAUUACAACAACAAAUGCUACAGCUUCCCAGGCGGUACUUGUCGAGUUUCAGAGGACUGCUUAUCAACAUCGUACUCAUGCCAAUCAGGGACUUGUAAAAGCACAGUCUAUAUUAAAAACGAAGAAAGUUUAUCAUCAAAACCCGGAGUUACUGCCAAGUUUAUUCAAGACAGAAACGCAACGAAAAAAGAUCAGGGAUUUCUGUCUGGAAAUGACUGGGGCGCACCAUUGUACGUUUGUCGGGCUUCACUUCUUGACUACCUACUGAUAGAAUCUAACUUGGAAUGGACAAGCUCUGUCUACCACCCUGACAAAGCCAUUUACGGAGGCCAUCAAGAAAACGGGUUACUCUACCUGAUUUGCCGAGCUAAUCACACCAGUCUAUCAAUUGGGGUUGGAUGA